ACAUGGAGAUCAAUAUCAUUUGGGCUGUACGGCUACAAGAAUUUCACCAAAUCUGGUUUAAUGGAGCAUUCGAAAAAUUUUAACCCAGAAGAUAUGCAAAUGCAAAUUGAAGGAAAGAAUUGUGUUGUCACAGGAGCAAAUUCCGGCAUUGGCUAUGCAACGGCAGAAGGGCUUGCCUCACGUGGAGCUACUGUAUACAUGGUGUGUCGAAAUAAGGAGAGAGGAGAGGCUGCACUUUCAGAGAUUCAAUCAGCAACAGGAAAUAAAAAUGUUUUCCUGGAGGUCUGUGAUAUUUCUUCCAUAAGUGAUGUCAAGUCUUUUGCUUCUAGAUUUUCUUCAAGAGAUGUGCCUAUUCAUGUCCUGGUAAACAAUGCUGGUCUGCUCGAGAAUAAACGUUUAAUCACCUCCGAAGGAUUUGAGAUGAAUUUUGCUGUAAAUGUUUUGGGCACGUACACUUUGACACAGCUCAUGUUGCCGCUGCUGGAGAAGGCUGUGCCUGAUGCUCGUGUUAUUACAGUUUCAUCAGGUGGAAUGUAUACAUCUCCGUUAAUAGAAGAUCUACAGUUUAACGAUAACAAAUUUGACGGGGUUGAACAGUAUGCCCGCAACAAACGAGUUCAGGUAGCAUUAACAGAAAAAUGGGGCGAAAUGUACAAGGAUAAAGGCAUAGGCUUCUAUUCAAUGCACCCUGGAUGGGCUGAGACACCUGGAGUUGCAAGGAGCUUGCCUGGUUUCUCUAAAUCGUUAUCUGGAAAGCUUAGGAGUAGCAAAGAAGGUGCAGAUACCGUAAUCUGGUUGGCCUUACAACCAAAAGAGAAGCUCGUUUCUGGAGCUUUCUAUUUUGAUCGAGCAGAGGCACCUAAGCACUUGCCAUUUGCAGCUACAAACGGCUUGCAUUCUGCUAUAGACCGAAUUUGUGAAAACCUUCGAGCAUUGUCCGGUUUGUAG